AUGCAGUAUGAAAAAUUGUUUCGAUGGUGUAAUACCUGUCAUCGGAUCUCACAUAAAGAAAAAGCUUGUCCACUACUAUCAGAGCAACAACGCAGGGAGAAGCUGGCUUUAAGAGCUACUGCAAGAGAGCCGGAAAACAUCUCCAGAGAGGAGACGAGCAGGCUUCGGGAAGUGACACAUCAGAUCCCAUCUGAUAGAUCCACGGAUCCCUCACAGAUGAGGAGAAGACAUGUCCUUUCCCCAACGGACCAGAGGAGAUCUCACAGAGCAGGUAAGGAGAAGGAAGAAGAACCUCACAGGCUCAGAGCUGAACCGCGACCACAAACCAGCCACACCAUAGAUAACGUGUGGGGACGUUUAGAAUCUCGAGAUGGCUCUUACCGUGAGCAGUACCUGCCCAGAAAGUAUGGAACGGAGCGCGUCGUUGGUGAACCAUCUCAGCUCCCAAAGGAUACUUACCGAAAGAGAAGAUGUGAGGAGUCUUUUGCACGCAGUACGCUGAGACGAGAAACCCAAAGGGAUAGCGAUGUGCCUCCCCGGAAGGAGAAAAACAAGCUGACGAUCUCUGCUCAGGCACUGGAACCUGUGGACCUACGAUCCUAUGAUUCACAAAGAACCAUGUCGGACUUGCCCCGUAGCCAUAUGAAGGCAAAACAGGGAUAA